CCUCUCAUAAUCUUUACUGGAGCAGUCAAAGAUUUUAUAUAUUUUCAACAGGAGGAAAUUUUCCGCGUUUUGGUUUGUACUCGUACAAUCGAAUUUUUUUAGAACACAACAUAAACACUGUUGACCUCCAGAGGUUUCUCACCCUUUCUGGAAGAUUAUUACGAAGUGUGGCUCCAUAAACGACCAUGGGCAAACGAAAGAGCAAGCGAAAGCCCCCAGCAAAGAGAAAGCAGCUGGAGAAUCUGGCCACCAUGUUCAACUGUCCCUUCUGCAAUCACGAACGUUCCUGCGAGGUGAAGCUGGAUCGCGAACGGAAUACUGGUACGGUAAAGUGUAACGUGUGCAGCGAGACCUACCAGUGCCAGAUACACGCUCUCAUGGAAGCCAUCGAUGUGUACAAUGAAUGGAUCGAUGCCUGCGAGGCAGUCAAUGCCUAAACUGAACACCCUGACCAUUCUAACACGAAAAGAUCUCUCCACUGUGCGAAGCUGUUCGUCUCCCAUCGUAUAGCGGUUUGUGACAGUGAAGUCUUUGAUCAUUCUGCAUAUUUUGUGUACAUGUUUGAGUUUCGCGGGUUGUUGUGGUUCCCCAUUGUGCGGGUGCUCAAGGGGAAGGAAUGUUUUGGUUUCUCACUUGAGAAAGCUUACAACUUACAAGUGUCCAACGAGAUUUGUUUUGGUUUUUGGAUGUGCUCUAAUAGCAGCGACGGAAUAACUUUGUUUACUGGAAUCGGGUUGGUUCUUGGGAUACAAAUUUGUCAUCGCGGAACUUUAGUUGGCUUUUGACAUAAAGAUGAAAGAGUGAAAUGCGAAAAUGAUUUUAUGCUGAUAA